UGAGGUUCAGCCGGUGUGUUUGACAGCCUGUGCGGUGUCUUAACACGGCGAGGAGUUUACAGAAUGAGAAUUAAAACAUGGAGAUUAAACACCUGUAAUAUCUGAAAUCCCGAGUCAGAACUGAGCCAUGAAACUCGCCACUGUGGCCUUUUACGGGUUUGCUCUGGGGCUUCUGGCGGUUGGCCUGCGAGAGUUGCUGACUGGCUUCGAGGAGAACCGAUGCAGUAUGACCUAUAUGUUUGAAUACCCAGAGUACCGGCGCGUGGCUCUUCCUCGGCGUGUGGCCAGACUGUACCCAGCCUACGGCCUCUACCUGUAUGGAGAGGGUCUGUACGCCCAGGAGACCCGGUCGCUCAAACUAACCGGGGCCCCCGUGCUCUUCCUGCCCGGAAAUGCAGGCAGCUACAAACAAGCUCGCUCCCUGGGCUCUGUGGCCCUGAGGAAGGCUGAGAACAUGGAGGGAGGUCUCCACUUCAACGUGUUCACCGUGGACUUCAACGAGGAGCUGGUGGCCCUUUACGGCGGCAGUUUGCUCAGGCAGACGCACUUCCUCCAUGAGAGUAUUAAGGCUAUCCUGAGGCUGUACAAGCACCUGAAGACCCCCCCUCAGAGUGUGGUGCUCGUUGGUCACUCCAUGGGAGGAGUGGUGGCCCGGGCGCUGUUCACUUUGCCCCGCUUCAACGCCAAUCUGGUCAGCCUGAUCAUUACGCAGGCCUCCCCCCACCUGGCUCCAGUGCUGGCCCUGGACCCGUACCUGCUGGAUUUUUACUCCGCCGUGAGACAGAAGUGGGUGAACCAUGCCAAAAAGCUCAGGAAUGUCACAGUUCUGUCUGUUGGGGGUGGUUACCGUGACUACCAGGUCCGCUCGGGCCUGACAUCCCUACCUUGUCCCCCAGCAGACCCCAAUAAGUUGUCAUUGGUGGCAACUGCCGUUCCCAGGACCUGGGUGUCCACUGACCAUCUGUCCAUCGUUUGGUGCAAAGAGCUUGUUCUUGCUACUGUCAGGGCAUUCUUCGACCUCAUCGACCCUGAAACCAGACAGUUCACAGUAAACCCAGAGAAGAAAAUGACUGUACUAAACCAUCACUUCAUCAGACACCCUGUCAGGAUGCUGGGAGAAAGUCAAGACACCUCCAUCUCCAUCUCAGAUUUUCCUGAAGCAUGGAUCGAAGUUAACACACUGCGUCUGGCUUACAGCACACCAAAGGAAGGACAGGUCAAAUACUUUCUCUUUGCAUUGUCGAGUCGCAGGAAAGCCUACAGCCAUUUCUACUGCCGGAGCAACAACAUGGAGAUGACUAGCUGGGUGUACGGCUGCAUGCACAAGAACGCUCCUUCAUGUGUGCGUGCAGUGGAUCUGUCCAUGGGAACUGAGCUCCUGCAACCAUACAAGGUCCUGAUUCUGAGUCUCAGUGACUUGUCUUCAGUUACUCAUCUGGUUGUUUCAGCCUCCAACCUCAAUGGCAAACAGUUCACGGUGGAGUGCGAGUGGCAGAGACAAGAAUCUCAGACCGUGUCUGUCCCGGCGCCACAUGUUCUGUCCUUCGGUUUGACUGUCAGCGAUGUUUCGGUCAACUCCUCUGGACUUCUUCACACCAUCAAGCUGCAAGACUUUGACCAGGUAUACCAGGCUUUCCGAAUUAACGUCGCAAGCCAGUGCAAAGUACAUAAAGAUAGACUGCCCAACGUGUACAGAAUAAAUGUACCGUGGUUUCGAGAGGACUCUUUAACCACAGCCAGUGUGCCAUCAGUGACCGAGAUCUCAGGGAUGCUCCACACAAGUCGUCCAGACAACACCUCAGGUGUCCUCCUUCAGCUCCACACUGCCCCCAACUGCCAAUAUAAGGUGUCAGUAAGGACUUCAUUACCCAGGGUGCUGGGACAGAUACUGAGGUUCUGUGGGCCCCUGGUGCCGGUGUACACCGCUGUAACCCUCCUCCUGGCCUGUGGGGGGCAGCUGUCCUCCAUCCUGGAGUCGAGGCGAGCGGCAGACAUGAGCCAGGUGGUGGGCAAAGGCCUGCAGCCUCAUAAAGUCAAUCUGCCCGUUUAUAUUCUGCACAUAUUACUUAGCUGUAGCUGGUUUCAAGAGAUCUGGUCAAUUCUUUACCUCCCCCCUAUGGAUGCCCUCCCCCCGACCACCCCCGAUGCAACAUUUCAUGAGGGUGUGGUACCAGUGGAAGAAUGGCCCCUCCUCCUGUCCCCUCUGCUUUACAUCUUGGGGGCAGCCGUGGCAUACUGGGGCAGCGCACUGCUCCGUCUCAUUAUGCGACUGAUCUCCCUAAUAUUAGCUCCCCUACACAGACCGUCUGUCUCCAGAGACUGUGGCACUGUGUCACAGCGGGGCCAGCUCCUCAUCACUCUCUGUCUGAUUGUGGUGGGUGGGCUGUCCUGUGGGCCGUUGGCAAUCGUUGCUGCCUUUCUGCUCCACCUUUACAGGGUACUGAGGCUACAGAUGACCGAACGUUCCUUGAGUCACAUGUUGAAUCUGGCACCCCGGAAGCGCAAAGAAGUUGAGAACGGCACAGUGGAUGCUGAAUCCCUGUGCAAGUCUAAAGAAUGUAAUGGCGCCCCCCUGCUGUCCGAGUGUGCUCUGCAGGAGGUGAGGGACGACCUACAGCUCCACCUCUGCCUAUCGGCGCUCUUCACACUACCCGUCAUGCUCCUCACACCUUCGCUCAUCCACUGGAUCCGCAACCUGAGGUAUUCCACCCAGUUGGAUCCUGACCCCUGUUGGCCACACGCUGUGCCUCUAAUCAUUGUGUACAUGCUGCUUAUUAACUGCAACACUUUAAAACUCAGCAACAGUAAACUCCUGCCUCUGACAUCCUGCCUCCCUCUCCCCUUGUCCAUCGCCAUGGUGACCUUCUCACCACUCCACCUCUACAGAGUCACCUACUUCCUGUUGGCGGCACUCGUCCCUCUGGCCUUGUGUUGCGUGCUCUGACGGUAUCUGUCUGGUUUCAGUCCACGUCUCUACCAUAACAAGCCUUUCUCUAAAUUACAGCCGGACUCACUGAAGCUGCCUGAGACUGUUCCAGGAAGACCUAGUCUAUCUAGCUGCCAUGGAGCAGAGCCAUAGACAUACAUAGCUUGGGGAACUGUUUGCUCAAUGUUAGCGCUAAGAGCUCCAUGGCAAUUACACUAUGUUUUAAGAUGAGGGGAUGUAAUGGCCUUGGAACAUUUGGUGCAAAUAUGGCUCCAAUGGACUGACCUGAAACCAAGUUUGCCUUACUCUGUAUAUCUAUAGCUCUGCCUUCAAGGAGCAACAACUCCACAACCAGUGAAGCUACUGAUACUAGAGAUUUUCAACAGGGUGUUACUCUUACAAUGUGUGUUCUUUUACUUCUUUUGUUGUUUCUAGUGUCUACAGUGGCAUUGUUCACUGCGGUCACUACUCUGUAAACUCCUUCACUGCCUGCUGCUUAGCGAUGACUUCUAGCUGUGUUAUAUUUACCUAUUGACUGUCGUAGCACUGCCACAAAACCAGUGUCACACAUUCGUUCCAGAAGAAAAAUCCAAAGUAAUGUUGUUUACAUUCUCUCAUUAUCACCUUUUGCUACACAAAGGUUUGCACUGUUAAAGGCUGUAGUGCAUGAACAGGUUCUAAUCCCUCUCGUAUUUUUUUCGAAGAAGAGAAUUAUGAUCUACUCCAUGCUCUCUAAAAUACAGUGGUGUAGCCAAACAAUGUUUUGAAGGUGUGGCCAGGCUGCGAGCUGCAUUCAUUUUAGGGUGGCACAUAAAUCUGUAUCUUGAUAAGUCUUUUUUUUUUUUUUUUUUUGUGCCGGGCGCUUGGCCUUCGGGUCACUCCCUCUAUCAUUCACUCACUUACUGUAGGCAACAGUGACUGUUACAUUUGCAGCAGGCCAGGGGCUAAUCUAAAAUAAGCACAUAAUAGUCUUUUGGACAGAAAUAACAGUGAUUUAUUUUCCUACUUGAAAGAAAUCCGCCAAGAACUCAAAGGGAAAAGUGACUAGGAAUAUCAGAAGGAUCUUAAAUGCAUUGUUGGCAUUGUGCAUGUGCAAAAGACUUUUCUCCACUAAACUAAUCUAAACUAGUCCAAAUCAACACUCCAUGUUUACUUGUUCUCCUGAUAAAUUCAGGAUAAUGUGCAUUUUCACAGCACUGCUUCCAUCAGUACAAUUCCAGUUUCUCUUAAACAGAAAUACUUUUCUCACUUAUGAAUUUGGAUUGUUCCUACUUGUAUGUUCUGUGUGAAACUCCUGGCAAUGAAACCUAAAACUUCCUGCACAGAUGUUUCAAAUUAAAAGCUUCCCAGUGGGUCAGUGGGAGAUCAUCAUGGAUGUAUUAGAAGACCUGGAUGCAGCGUUUGAGGCGGAGUCCCGUUCAUUCCUAUGAGAGUUGUGUGACAAGAGUUGUGUGACAAAAAAAAUUCUAAACCUCCGGGUUUACUACUGUGAUAUGAGACUCUAGACCGUUAAUAUGAUAAUAUCUUUUUUACAGUCUGACCCAGUGAAUAUGCCCAGAAGUGUUUGUCCGGCGGGCCCCACCCGCCCGCGAGUUCCUGCUCGGCCCAUAGACUUUUCAUUAUGGUGACAUCACAUGUUUGAAAUCGCUUUUCUCGGCUAGAGAAAAUGUUUUUCAAAUAUUAAAAAGUCCAUGGAUUUAAAAAUUCAGAAUAGAAAGGGUCAUAACCGAGCUUGUUUGCAGUUGGAGGAGUCCUGGCAGCAGUUUUACGGGCAUCUCUUUUACAAUGGUGACCUAUGUGGAAAACGCUUUCUGGGUCGCAGAGGGAUUUGUCUGUGCAAUACCACCAAUGGCUGCUGGACCAAAUCGGCAGAAAGGCUGAGUGUUUGUGGUGGGGGGGCUGGAGAUAAUUCUCCCCUCUUUUCCUAGUAGGCUUUAAAUGUGAAAUAUCAGUGCAGGAAGUGUUUAGUUUCACAGAGUGUAGGUGGCUCUUAAAGGUCCUAUGAGAUGCUG